UGUCAAAUUUUCAAGAGCCAAUACAUUUGAUGAUUACUAUUUGUUUGUUGCGAUUAAAUCAUUGACAAUGGUUGAUAUAGAUAGAACUAACUUUGAAGAUCAUUUUGAAUCUAUGGUAGAGGCAAUCAGAAAUGCUGAUUUUAUAGCCCUGGAUACAGAAUUUACAGGAUUGAGGUCAUCUGCUGCAAACACACCAAGCCUCUUUGACACUGGAGAGGCUAGAUACAAAAAGGUCAGAAGAAGUGUUCUUCAGAUAGCUCCUUCACAAAUGGGUGUCUCUGUCUUCAUAAAUCAAAAGCAGCAAAAGACCAAGUAUACCUCACACACAUUCAACAUAUACCUCAUUCCCCAGUCGUUUGGACCAGUCGAUCAACGCUUCUUAUGCCAGGCAUCAUCAUUGGAGUUCCUUUGCAAACACAACUUUGAUUUCAACAAAUUUAUCUACACUGGUGUUUCUUACCUCAAUGAUGAGCAGGAAAAGAAGGUGAAAUUCCAUUUGAAGUCAGAUGCAUUUCUUGAAGGAGUUGAUAGAGAUGUUGAUGAAAGAGUACUCCAAAAGUUUUGUUCUGUGGUGGCCGAGUGGCGUGUCCAGGCCAAAGAAGCAGAAACAACACAACUCCAUUUACCAGAAGGUAUAGGUGAAUAUUUCAUCCAGAUUGAAUUGAAGCAACGUUUUCUGGAUCUGUGGCCAGAAGUCGAGAAAGAAGAUGGUCAAACCAUGAUCAAAGUCAAGAAAGUAUCUGCUAAUGAGAGGAAGACACUAGAGGUACAGGAUAGGAUUGAUAGGAUGGAGCAAGAAAAGCAGUGUCUUGAUAAGUUACUUGGUUUUACAAGGAUUUUCAGGGAAAUUGUCAGAAGCAAAAAGCCUGUGUGUGGUCAUAAUAUGCUGAUGGAUCUGAUGAUGUGGUAUGACAAAUUCUACAAACCCCUUCCAGAAAACUACAAGACAUUCAAGUUAGACAUUCAUCGGAUGUUUCCAUAUAUCUUCGACACAAAACACAUGUCAGCCAAAUUGAGAAGGCCCUUCCUCGAGACUGGUCUGCUCGAAGAUACAGGAUUAGCAGCCCUUUUCAAAACACUUGUCAGCCAAAGGACUGCCACCAGAUUCUUGUACUGCCCAUCAAUAGCACAUGCAGACGGGAUGGACAGAUACAAAAAUUUAGAGAAACCGCAUGAAGCUGGUUACGACGCCUUCAUGACUGGGGGUGUGUUCUUACAGUUGUGUCAUAUGUACUGCCAGAUGGACACUAAGGCUGAGGAAAUGACCAAAUUGGCAUUCAGACAGUACCUGCCAAUAGUGACCGAGUUGGCAAACAAUGUCAACAUCAUAAGAGCAUCCACAAAUCAUGCUAACUUCUCUGGUGCUGACCCUCCAACACAAAGGCCAGAAUGCUUGAUCUUCAGAUCGAAAAGAACUAAUUAUAAGUUCAAUACUUCUGAGUUGGCAGGUGUGCUUUCCCAGUAUGGAACUGUUGAUGUACGAUUACAGGGAUCUCAUCAAGCCUUGGUAGCAGUUGGAAAUAUAUGGUGUGCCAAAGACAUCCUAAGAGAAUUUAGCAAACACGAACACAUCAAAGUGUGCAAGUACAAUAUAUGGAAACAUUCUCCUGUGGUUAGAAGAGUUCUUUGGACUGGUGCAAUCGUCUCUGUUGCUGUCUGUCUUUGGGCCGUUCUUUCACCGAGCAAGCAAAAAUGACAGUCCUGACGAAAACAUUUGAAGCUCUGGAUGCAUAGCUUACCAAUUGAUACUAAGCUUACAUUUGUAUAUAUGGUCAAGUGAAAGACUGAAAGGAUGUGAUUGGUGCACAAAGUCUGACCAAAUGAUAUCAGAGACUGACCUGGCUUUGAUAGCGUAAUGUAGGUUUUCAACCUCCACACUGUCUUUCUAGGGUCACAGCAUGAACAAGGCUGCAAAUAUCUGUAUGCCAGUAGGCAAUUUAUUAAGUCCCAUGAGUUCUUAGUGAAUGCUUGAUAGCAAUAUAUAGUCAUGUGCAUCUGCUCUCGACAUGCUUGCAAUGCCAUAAAUAUAUGAUUUUUUAACAUAAAUUUGUCCAUCUUUUCUCUUCUGUUUUGAAAGAUCCUGGUUGGAUACUCCGUACCAGCAAGGGGAAUAGAUUUCAAUUGACAAUAGACCUGCCCGAUCUUUUGUGACUGGCAAAUUGAGGGGUGUGAGGAACUCAUACACCACUC